AGUGUGUCAAUAACGUUCGCUCGCUCGCUCUGAGUGCGCGCGAGCGCAGCGUUGGCAGGAAUUUGUUUUAUAACAUAACGCCGACGUGCAAACGGCUUUCGGUAAUCAUAAAUUCCAAAUAACCACGAUACCAAAUACCAAAGAGGUACCUUUAAAAAAAAGUUAAAUAAUCCUUUAUCUUCAUUGCCCACUCUCCGGGACCUGUCCAUUAAAUCUCUGAUUAGUAUUAACUCUAUGUCCAUGUGGAUUCAAAGACUUUCCCUCCCACAUCAUGGCCAGAAAAAUAGUUAGCAGAAAGAGAAAGGCUGCGGAACUAGAACCGGAGCAGUGCAGCCAGGAUCUCUCACUACGCAAAAAGAAAAAGCUACCACUUGUGAAGAAGUCCUUUGUCUGUUACCUUGCGGGUCAACAGAUUAAGCUUCGGAAUGAGAAGAGCUACCAACAAGCACUACGUGGUUAUGCGGCUCACAGACUACCUGCCCUUUUGAAGGAGGAAGAGUUCCAUUUGGGAACCCUGAACAAAGUGUUUGCAUCCCAGUGGCUAAAUCAUCGGCAAGUGGUAUGUGGGACAAAAUGCAACACGCUCUUGGUGAUGGAUAUUAUGACUGGUCAGAUAACAAAAAUUCCCAUGUUGAAGGAUCGGGAACAGCCCAGUGUCGUCAUGGAUCAGCAAGGUUGUGGUAUCCAUGCCAUUGAACUGAACCCUUCUCGUACCUUGUUAGCUACUGGAGGAGACAACCCAAACAGCAUUGCCAUUUAUCGACUGCCAACUCUGGAUCCUGUUUGUGUGGGAGAUGAUGGGCACAAAGACUGGAUUUUUUCAAUUGCUUGGGUUAGUGAUACAAUGGCUGUUUCUGGUUCAAGAGAUGGUUCAAUGGGAUUAUGGGAAGUGACAGAAGAAGUGCUAAACCAGACUGAUAUAAGUUUGGAUCCCACCCAAGUCCCCAGUUACACCCACAUAACGCACAAGGCAUUGAAGGAUAUUCCCAAGGAAUAUACAAGUCCAUACAAUUGCAAAGUGAGAGCUUUGGCUUUUAACAACAGUAGCAAAGAACUUGGAGCAGUAUCUCUCGAUGGUUACUUUCAUUUAUGGAAAGCGGAAGGCAAUUUAACAAAGUUGCUGUCUACCAAGUUGCCACAUUGUCGAGAAAAUGUUUGCUUGGCAUAUGGACAAGAAUGGUCUGUAUAUGCUGUGGGAUCGCAAGCACAUGUUUCUUUCCUUGAUCCAAGGCAACCGCAAAGCUACAUAAAAUCAGUCAGUUCCAGGGAGCGGGGCAGUGGUAUUCGUUCUGUAAGCUUUUAUGAACACAUUAUAACAGUAGGAACAGGACAAGGUUCUCUGCUUUUCUAUGACAUCAGAGCUCAGAAGUUUAUGGAAAGGCUGUGUCAAGCAAACUACUACAGUGAGAAGCUGAAACUCAAGUCUUGUGAAGAAAUUUUAAAAUUAACAACAGGGAAGGGUUGGUUGAAUCACGAUGAAACAUGGAGGAAUUACUUUUCAGACAUCGACCACUUCCCGAAUGCAGUCUAUACACAUUGUUAUGACUCCUCUGGAACAAAGCUCUUUGUUGCAGGGGGCCCGCUGCCUUCAGGUCUUCAUGGAAAUUAUGCAGGCCUAUGGAGCUAAUGAUUCCUCGUCAUGUACUGUAUUUGCAGAUCUGUUGCAUUUUAUCUCUCCUUGAGUUUUCACAUUGCAGUAAUCCUUCUGGUGUUUUAAUAUUGUGUGAAAUACACAAUAUUUUUUCUUUCAAUUGUAUGACUGUCUUUUAUUUCUUUUAAUUUACAUUGUGUUUCUCAGUAUUUUUCCACUUCCAUCUUGACAUAAGUUUCUUUCUGAAAAUGUAUGUAGAUUAAAACUGGUUCACUACUGAUAGUGAGAUAGGUUCCAUGAAUAAUUGCGUGACCACUACCAAAUUUUCUGUGAAAGUUUGGAGGGGUGUAAUGUGUGUAAAGGUACUUUGUGUCAAUUAAAUAGAAAAAAAACUUAA